GUUGCUUUCUUGCACUCCGGAUCACGAAGCUGCAAGAGAGUGUUUGUGGCUUAUACACGCACAAAGCAAAGAGGAAGCAGAGCUCUGCACAUCACAGACUCGGAGAGGUGAAGCACGGCAGCUACAAAGGACCAUGGCAUUUGCAGGGAUGCUGAGCGACGAGGACAUCAGGGCUGCGGUCCAGGCUUGUCAAGCUCCAGGCACAUUCAACUUCAAGUCCUUCUUUGCACAAGUGGGCCUGACCGGCUCGUCUGAGGCGGAUAGUAAUAAAGUGUUUAGAAUCCUGGACCAAGACAGGAGCGGAUACAUUGAGGAGGAGGAGCUCAAACUGUUCCUUCAGAACUUCUCUCCGGGGGCCAGGGAGCUGACUGUGGCCGAGACCAAGGCUCUGAUGGCUGCAGGUGAUAAGGACGGAGAUGGCAAGAUCGGGAUGGACGAGUUCCACGACAUCCUGAAGUAAACAGAAUAAUCGUCUUUGACCACGGCUGUCCUUCCCUAUUUUAAGAUAACAGGGUUUCAUUUCGAAGUCCUGAUUUUCCAGAUUGUUUGAUGCAAAGACCAGAAACCUCGGAUCUUCUCUACCUGCCUGCUGCUCUCCCCGUUGAUGUGAUACAAUAAAGACGUGUGACGGUUAAAGCUGGAUAUUAUAGUUUUGCGUGUGUUUUAAUCAAUCAGGUUCCUGGAAUGGGUUAAUAAAUGUAUUUAAGAUGUGA